AUGGAUUCGGACGGCACUCUGACCGACAGUGAUCGCUCCAACUACGAUGAGAAGGACAACGCAUGGGCUCUCAAGCCAAAGGUUGCUGCAGUUAGAGAGAGAGACGAGCGCUCUGGCUUUCAUGCACGACAACUAGGCGUGACGUGGCAAAACCUCACAGUAAAGGCUGUCAGCGCCGACGCAGCAAUUCACGAGAAUGUGGCCACGCAAUUCAACAUACCCAAGCUCGUUCAGGAGUCGAGACAUAAACCACCAUUGAAGACAAUCCUCGACAACACACAUGGCUGCGUGAAACCAGGAGAGAUGUUGCUGGUUCUAGGUCGACCAGGUUCCGGGUGCACAACUCUAUUGAGUCUGUUGGCCAACCGAAGGGAUGGGUACACCUCAGUCUCUGGCGAUGUCCGAUACGGGUCAAUGGAUGCCAAGGAGGCCAAAAAGUACAGAGGCCAGAUCGUCAUGAAUACAGAGGAAGAACUAUUCUUUCCGACCCUGACUGUGGGCCAGACUAUGGAUUUUGCGACACAACUAAAGAUCCCAGCAAAACUUCCCAACGGAGUUGCAUCUGAUGAGGAAUUGCGCAUCGAAACCCGUGAUUUUCUGUUGCAAUCCAUGGGAAUUGAGCACACCUUCGAUACGAAGGUUGGAAAUGAGUUCGUCCGUGGUGUUUCAGGUGGAGAGAGGAAGAGAGUGUCUAUCAUCGAGACUAUGGCGACCCGAGGCUCAGUCUUCUGCUGGGACAAUAGCACACGAGGUCUUGAUGCUAGCACGGCUCUGGAGUAUACCAAAGCUAUUCGAGCGAUGACGGAUAUCCUUGGCCUCUCGUCCAUUGUGACCCUCUACCAGGCCGGCAAUGGCAUCUAUAAGCUCUUCGACAAAGUGCUCGUUCUUGAUGCCGGGAAGGAAAUCUACUACGGUCCUAUGAAUGAAGCCAGACCCUUCAUGGAAGAGCUCGGAUUUGUGUGCCAAGAUGGAGCCAACGUUGCCGAUUUCUUGACUGGUGUUAGUGUCCCAACAGAACGGCAGAUUCGUUCUGGCUGCGAGAACACCUUUCCUCGGGACCCAGAGACCCUCCGUGAGAAAUAUGAGGCGUCACUGAUCCAUUCUCAAAUGAUUUCUCAGUACGACUUCCCAAACACAGAAGCAGCGAUUGAAAAUACCAGAUUGUUUCGAGAGGGUGUGGCAGCCGAGAAACAUCAACAAUUGCCUGCAAGCAGUCCAUUGACGGUCAGUUUCACUACGCAGGUGAAAGCAUGUGUUACUCGUCAAUAUCAAAUCAUAUGGGGAGACAAAGCUACAUUCCUCAUCAAACAGAUCUCGACAUUGGCGCAAGCUCUCAUCGCGGGUUCGUUGUUCUACAACGCGCCCAACAAUUCCGGGGGUCUUUUUGUCAAAUCUGGAGCUCUGUUUUUUUCCCUUCUCUUUAACUCUCUCUUGUCAAUGUCUGAGGUUACGGAAUCCUUCGGUGGCCGGCCGGUUCUGGUCAAGCACAAACACUUCGCCUACUUCCACCCAGCUGCAUUUUGCAUCGCUCAGAUUGCAGCAGAUAUUCCGGUCAUCUUGUUCCAGGUCUCAAUUUUCUCUAUAGUGCUGUAUUUCAUGGUUGGGUUGACCAUGUCAGCUAGUAUCUUCUUUACCUAUUGGGUUAUUCUUCUGGCGACGACAAUGUGCAUGACCGCCAUGUUCCGCUCCAUUGGUGCCUCAUUCUCGACCUUUGAUGGUGCAUCUAAGGUUUCCGGUCUCGUCAUUGCACUAGCCAUCAUGUACACCGGUUAUAUGAUCCAAAAGCCUCAGAUGCACCCUUGGUUCGUCUGGAUAUAUUGGAUCGACCCGCUGGCAUAUGCAUUCAAUGCACUUUUGUCGAACGAAUUUCAUGGCAAAACGAUUCCUUGUGUCGGUACCAACAUUGUUCCCAUGGGCGCUGGUUACGACGAUCCCCUGCACAUGUCUUGUGCUGGCGUAGGUGGUGCAGUUCAAGGCGCAACCUCGGUGUCUGGCGAUGCAUACUUGGCUUCCUUGUCGUACAGUCAUGCUCAUUUGUGGCGAAAUUUCGGCAUUGUCUGGGCAUGGUGGGCACUAUUUGUUGCGAUUACUAUUGUGAUGACCAGUCGCUGGCGUUCCGCGGCUGAAGGUGGCCCUUCGCUUCUUAUUCCUCGUGAGAAAGCCAAGGUUGCCCGCGCCUUACAGAUGGAUCCAGAAUCUCAAGUUCAGGAAAAACAGGCCAUACCAAGUAGUAGAGAUCGCAGUGGCGACAACACCGCUGUAGCGACCCCCGAUCAGGGUUCAGUUGCUGACAAUCUCAUCCGCAACACAUCAAUCUUUACCUGGAAGAACCUUACUUACACUGUCAAAACACCAUCCGGCGACCGUGUCCUUCUAGAUGACGUCCAAGGCUGGGUUAAGCCGGGGAUGCUUGGCGCAUUGAUGGGCUCGUCUGGCGCUGGAAAGACUACGUUGCUUGAUGUUCUGGCUCAACGCAAGACAGAAGGUACUAUCCACGGAUCUGUUCUAGUCGACGGUCGCCCUUUACCUGUAUCAUUCCAGCGUUCUGCCGGGUAUUGUGAACAGCUUGAUGUUCAUGAGCCGUUCGCCACGGUGCGUGAAGCUUUAGAGUUCUCAGCCCUACUGAGACAAGACCGAGCUGUCUCCAAAGAAGAAAAGCUAGAAUACGUUGACACAAUUAUUGACCUGCUCGAGCUCCAUGACCUUGCUGACACUCUCAUUGGCCGAGUGGGGGCAGGUCUGACCGUGGAGCAAAGGAAAAGAGUAACUAUCGGAGUUGAGCUGGUAUCUAAGCCAAGUAUCCUCAUCUUUCUGGAUGAACCGACAUCAGGUUUGGAUGGCCAAUCGGCUUUCAACACUGUCAGAUUCUUGCGCAAACUUGCAGAUGUUGGUCAGGCUGUUCUGGUCACCAUUCACCAGCCCUCUGCUCAGCUGUUUGCUCAGUUUGAUACACUCCUUCUUCUCGCAAAGGGUGGAAAGACUGUGUACUUCGGUGAUAUUGGUGAUAACGCGUUGACCGUCAAGGAAUAUUUCGGCAGAUUUGGUGCGCCAUGUCCCGAAGAAGCCAACCCGGCGGAGCAUAUGAUUGAUGUUGUUUCUGGUCAUCUUUCUCAAGGGCGCGACUGGAAUCAGAUCUGGCUGGAUUCGCCCGAGCACGAUGCAGUCUCGAAGGAGCUUGAUCGCAUGAUCAACGACGCGGCCGCCAAGCCUCCAGGAACAGUCGAUGAUGGGCAUGAGUUCGCUAUGCCCUUAUGGUCCCAAAUUACAAUCGUCACGCAGCGAAUGAACACCGCCCUGUUUCGUAACACCGAUUACAUUAACAACAAAUUCGCGCUUCACAUCUCGUCAGCACUAAUGAACGGAUUCUCGUUCUGGAUGAUUGGCGACACGAUCAGUGAUUUGCAGAUGCGACUCUUCACUGUGUUCAAUUUUAUCUUCGUUGCACCUGGUGUUAUCAAUCAGCUUCAGCCGCUCUUCAUUGAGCGACGUGACAUCUUCGAGACCCGCGAGAAGAAGUCUAAAAUGUACUCUUGGGUAGCUUUCGUCACCGGCCUCGUCUUCUCCGAGUUCCCCUACCUGUGCAUCUGCGCGGUUUUAUACUUUGUCUGUUGGUACUACACUGUUGGAUUUCCUAACGACUCCAAUCGUGCCGGUGCUACCUUCUUCGUCAUGCUUAUGUACGAGUUCGUCUACACCGGUAUCGGUCAGUUCAUUGCAGCUUACGCACCGAAUGCCGUGUUUGCCUCUCUCGCCAACCCGGUCUUUAUUGGUGUCCUGGUCUCGUUCUGUGGUGUUCUGGUGCCAUACUCCCAACUUCAGGUUUUCUGGAAAUACUGGAUGUACUACCUCAACCCGUUCAACUAUUUGAUGGGUUCAAUGCUCGUAUUUGAUGUCUGGGGAACCCCGAUUCACUGUGCCGAGAAGGAGUUCGCUGUUUUCGACCCCCCGAACGGCACGACAUGCUCGCAAUACCUCGCUGACUAUAUGAUGGGUGCUGGAUCGGCCAGCAACCUCGUCAACCCCGAUGCCACAUCAGGGUGCAAGGUGUGUCAGUACAGCGAUGGUAGUGACUACCUGAGGACACUCAAUCUCAACACAUAUUCCUACGGCUGGCGCGAUGCUGGAAUAGUGGUCAUCUUCGCUUUCAGCUCAUACGCGUUGGUCUACGCUUUGAUGAAACUGAGAACUAAGACUUCCAAGAAAGCCGAAUAA